UCUUCCUCCUCAAAGCUCGGAUUUCCACCAUUGUUGCACCUUCAACUUCAAUCUUUCAUAUGUUUCUCAUUUUAGCUCCAAAUUGGAUCGUCCCAUUAUCCCCUUGGACCAAGAACCUCGAGGCCCAACAGGAAAGGAGUACCAGACGCUCGCCGCCAGACCCAAGGACCUACCGAGGGCGGUUAUCCACAACAACCCAAGGCAAAACAGACGUUCGUAUCUUGUUAGGACGCUCGGCCUCAGGAGCCUUGGCCAUCGAGGCUACCUAGCACACUCCAUCAUCCACACCAGCGAUGUGGUGGAGAUGCUCGGCUUCUCCCCCUGUCCCAUUGCCAGGAGAAGGCCCAAGACCCACGGGGAUGCUCGUCCCCAAAGCUUGGCGGGAAAUCAAGAUUCUGGCUGAAAUCGCAAUUAAUGCUGGAGAUUUGGUAGUUGGGAGUCUACCCAUCCACAGCUCUCCACGUCAGCACACCUACUACCCCUUGGUAGUAUAA